AUGGAUAGAUGUACACAUGCUUCACCGACUAUAAUCGACAAGCUGGAAAGUCUAGGCUCCAGGGUCAUCUAUCUACUUCGUCAGAAUUGCACGGAAUUUACCAGAGCAUUGAAUCGCAUCGUAGACCCUGCCCAUGACUCGAAUAUGACCUUAAGAGACAUGUACGUAUUUGCGGAAUCGGAAACAGAUUUUGAUGCCGUCCAAAUCAAAGAGACGUUACGUGUAAGCGACGGAAAUAUACGCAAUGUAGAGAUUGUAAUAGUUUCAAACUAUUAUUUCUGCUGGAUGUUACGGCGAGGUUUGCACAAAAUACGUGUACAGAAUAUCAACGAAGAGAGCACAUGCAGUUUUCUACCAUUUAAUUCGUGCGUAGUCAAUAAUCUCACAACAACCGGUUUGCGAACCUGUCAACCAAUUUCCAAUUUCACGAAUGUAUCUGUAACUGAAUUAGAAGAGGCAAAAGCUCUACCGUGCUCGGAACAUGUGAUAACAGUGGAUACGGACACAUCGAUUAUUUGGGCCAUAAGUAUGAACAUUACAAAGGAGGAUAUAUAUGACGAAUUUUAUAUUAAUAUAUAUGACGAUCUGAGGUUGACAAAUAAAGCAGAAAUCUCGCAGUAG